AUGGACAUGCCCGUCACGCUGCGGGCGCAAGUCAAAAGCUCCCCAGGAAAGGCGAACGCCAGAGGAAGCAAGAGAAAGGUAGACAUCAUGGAGGCUUUGCCUGAUCCGCUACAGGGCUCCCACGAUGCCUCUCUGCUCAACGCGUUUCUCUCGGAGAAAGCUUGUUUGGAUACUGAGAGCGGUGUAUCUGGGACCUGGUACAGCCAGACACGGUCAGCCUGCACAUCAAAUGCGUCAUUGAGCGGACUCUCCGCCCUCAAAGAGGCCUUGAAGGCUGAAGGGCACGAGGUGGUCCUUCCUGACCGGAAGCAGCUGUCUGGACUUCUGGAGUGGCAGGCUGUCCGCAUUCCAGCGGAAGUCCUCGCGCUAAGUCCCGAAGAUCUGAAGUGGCGAUGCCAGCCGCUGGUGAAAUGGCUCUUCCAGGUCCGGGAGCCAUCUGACGCAUUGCCGGAGGCGAAGCUGUCCACAAGGCUUCUCAUCUACCCUGACGCCGUCUUCGGGUGCUUCGUGGGCCUUGGCCGCCGCCAGCCAGGUGUCUCUCAGCCAGAGAGCGUCUUCGAGUGCCGAGCUGUCAGUGCUGGUGCAUCUGCGAACCGGACUCGGCGGCGGGCUGUGAACAGUUUCAAGCUGGAGCUUCAGAACAAUCGACUUGACCCCGCGGCCGAGCAGCCGCCCAGCUUCCGACGCCACGCUUUGCGCCAGGAGCAGCUGAGGUCCUUGUACUGGAUGCAGCAGCGUGAGUGCGAGACAGAGCUCUUCGACCUGACGCUGCACCGUGUGAGGGUGGACCCUCUGACCCCGGAAGAGCCCCUGCCAGCAUCAAGCGUCCACGUGAAGUCGUCAGCCCAACUGGGAUGGCAGCUGGAGUUUCGUCAGCGACAGUCUUUGAUCCUACGAGGUGGCAUCUUGGGAGAUGCGCCCGGGUACGGCAAGACUGCCACAACUAUCGGUCUCAUCGAUGCUGGCACUCGUGACUGUCAGCUGCACCUUCCGGCCGAGAGCGAGCCCUACUUCUUCAAGUCGAGUGCUACACUGGUAUUGGCUCCCUCCAAUCUGUUGAACCAAUGGCUGGAUGAGAUCCAGAAGUUCACUGGUGGCUCUGGAGUUGACGCGUCCAGUGGCUGCAACCUCAAGGUGCUGGCCAUUGGGACAGCAGCCCAGCUCAAGACGCUCACGGUGGACAAGAUCAGCUGCGCCGAUGUCGUGGUGUGCUCUUAUCGCCUGCUGUACUCUCCAGUCUACAGGAGACGCUUGCAGGAGCUGUCGGGCGAUUUCUCUCAGGUCUCCAAUGGCGAGGCCACCCGCAUGACUGUGGACAUUCAAAGCUUGCGGCGGAACACCAAGAGAUUUCGUGAGAACCCCGACGAGCUUGGAUGGCUCCAAGCGCCGGAUCCAGCUGUGGGCAGCCCUGAACGCACGAAUAGGUCGACAGGAGGGCCCAGCCGCGACCCCAAUGGCUUGUGCUUCCCUGUAUUGGAACAAGUUUGGUGGAGAAGAGUCGUCUUCGAUGAGUUCCACGAACUUGAGGCCAUCGGCGACACGGCGCAGUUCGACUCGCUGCAGUGCAUUUGCGCAGGCUGCCGGUGGGGCCUGACAGGCACCCCUCCCACACGAGACUUGUCGCAGGUGGCGACUUUGGCGAAGUUGUUUCAGCUUCCAGGCUUGCCCUGCGGGGAUGGCUGUGACUUUGAGGUUCAGCUCGCCCAGGAGAUGGCUCAAAGCUUUCUGGAUCGUUUUGCUCGACAAAACACAAGUGAGGAGAUUGAGCCUGUGCCAUUGAAAGAGCAUCUGGUUGCAGUGGAGCAAACGCCUGAGGAGCGUGCAAUCUACAUGCAAGCUUCGCAUGACCUUUGUGAAGCAAGCGGGGGCCCUCUUGAGAUUACCGGAGAGUCUCGUGGCAUCGAGAAGCUCAUCAAGUUAUGCUCGCAUUUUGCAGCAUACUCCAGCAUGGCUUCCGGGCCAUCUGCAGAUGCCGGGACGGAGUGCCGACGAAUCUUAUCCAGCAAAGAGCAGCAAGCAAAAAGAGCAGCAAACCAGAUGCUGCGAUGCUGCAUGCGCUUGGACAUGCGCCUGCGGGAGGCAUCUGUCGCUUCCAGCAACUCCAGCAACUCGAGUAUCUGGCAGCGGCGCUUCGAAGUCCACAGCGACAUUCUACGCCGUCUUGGAGCAAAGAUAGAGAGCCCAGCAGCUGCUGGCACUGAGGGUGAGCUCCCCGAGUCACCCGCUACCUUGCAAGACGACCGCGGUACUUUGGCUGUCGUGGCUGGCGUGUCUCAACCAUCUGCUGCUGCAGCGGCAGCAGCUGCGCUUGUGGAGGUUGCACGCAUGUGCCUUGCAGAGCUGCAGAAAAAAGCCGGGGAGUUCGAGGAGACGGCAGAAGCCCUGAAAGAUCGGACGGUGGCAGCUGCAGAGGCAGCGAGCUCCUCCCAGCGAUCUCUCCAGUUUUUUCAGCGAACGCUGGCAGCUGCCAGGGGCGAUGCGUCUUCGGAGCAACGAUCCUGCAGCAUUUGCUUGGAGGAGGAUCUGCAGGAGGAAGACUUGUCCAUAACGACCUGCGCCCACGUCUUCCACACCGCCUGCUUGCACGAUGCCAUGAAGAUUUUUGGGAACUGCCCAGAAUGCCGCCAGAAGCUGGGAAAGAGCGACGUGACGCGCCUGGCAGCAGAGCUUGAAGCCCCAAAUCCAGGUCGAGGCCCCAAAUCGCGGGGAAGCUCAAAAGAAACGAAAGAGAUAGAUCAGAAGGCUGGAAGUAAGCUUGCUGUGAUUGCGGCGCACUUGAAGAGGGUGCACGCCAGUGGUGAGAAGGCCUUGGUCUUCUGCCAAUGGGAGGAUCUAAAGAGAUGCGUGUCCGCAGCGCUGGAUGCAUCCGGGGUGCCGCACCUUGAGCUGGUCGGGAAUGUGCACAAACGAGCAGAGGUGCUGCGCCGCUUUCAGGAUCCAGAAGACGGCCACUCCUUGGUUCUGUCCCUGGAGCAUGCCGCAAGUGGCACCAAUCUCACAGCCGCAAGCCAUGUCGUCUUCGUUCACCCCAUGUAUGCGACCUCGGCUGAGCGAGCCGUGGCCUACGAGGCCCAAGCCAUCGCCCGCUGCCGCCGCUAUGGCCAGCAGAAGUCCGAGGCUAAGGAGAAAGAGCAGAGAAACACAGAUGAUUGCGUGGAAGUGCGACUUGGAAAGCAGGCAGCCGAAACCAUCAACCGCGCAUUACAUCAACAGCUCAGCAUUCUGGAGCCUUUGAAAGGUGAACUGCUGGCGCUUCGUGACAAAAGGCCCUGGGAGUUUCCCAGUCGAGAAUCUCCCGUUGCGCUGCGUCCCGAUGCGCAGGCAGCUUCGCCGGAGACCUUCCAGGCUGCUGAGUCCUUCCAGGGAGCAAGGCCAGGCUACGUCUUCAAGGUGGACAAGCACGGCUUGGGGUACUACUUGGACCCCGUUCAGGUCAACCGAUCUAUCUGGGACGAUGUCAUCUCCAAGUUGCCUGAGACUUGGCGCGAAACGCCACACCGGGAGGAGCAGCUGCGCGUGAGCGAGAAACAGAGCUGUGGCUUGAGCAUGUCGCACAGUGAGUUCGGCUUCGUGGUGGACAAAGUAGAGGACGAGCCCGGCCAGAAACUGCAGAAGGGCGAGGCCAUCGUGGCGAUAGAAGGGCGUUUGCUUGCAGGGCUUUCCGCCCCGCAGAUGCAGGCCUCCUUCCAGAAGCGCCGUGUCGAUGGUGCCCGACUGUACGUCGUAGAUCUUGCCAAAGCGGAAGAGCUAUCCAAACGAGACCCGAACAUCAUUGAGAUGUAUGAUCCGAUCAAGCAGCACAACUACUUCUUUCACAAGAAGACCGGCAAGAGCGCAUGGACGUUGGAGGACGUCCGUGCUGGGGUGAGAGAUGAUCGCAGGCAUCUAGGCCUGUAG